GUUAGCUACUCAUGAGUCAUGUCUUCAUUUUAUCCUAGAAUUUUAGAGAGAAAAGAAAAUGUGGAUCACGUCGGAUCGGGGUUGCAAGUUGGAGCUCACAAAGCCCGGGCACGGAUGUCAUCUCAUCUCUUCCCCAAACCGCAUAUAGGUUUUCUCUCUCGAUUUCAUCGAUCUAAACACCUCCAUUGAUUUUGUUUUUCUUGGCUAAACCCUCCCUCAUCCAUCUCUUUCUGCAAUCUGCAUCAAGCGAUCUCUAUUCUACUGGCCUUCGUUUUUCUUGGCCAUGCGACUUUGCUUCUCUAGGACCAGGAUCUCCCUCUCCAGAGAGGACUCCUUCCACCCUAUUAAUCAAUAUUUUCAAAGUAUUUCCCUCGAUUUCACCAAUGACCGCUGAUAAUCAGCCCCCUACUUCCUCCUCCAUGCUAUGCAAUGCCGCCGCCGGCGCUGUUGCGGGAGUCCUUGCAGCCACAUUUGUAUGCCCUUUAGAUGUGAUCAAGACCAGGUUUCAGGUUCAUGGUCUACCGCAGCUUAACGGUGGAAGUAUUAGAGGCAGUCUGAUAGUCGGGAGCCUACAGCAGAUUGUCAGGAAAGACGGCUUCCGUGGCAUGUACCGUGGCCUUUCUCCAACUAUUAUUGCCUUGCUUCCAAACUGGGCGGUGUAUUUUACUGUUUAUGACUGGCUGAAAGGUUCCCUUAGCUCUGAUGGAAGUCAUCAGCUAUCUUUUGGUGCGAAUAUGAUAGCUGCUUCAGGGGCUGGAGUGGCAACAACAAUUGUAACAAAUCCUUUGUGGGUUGUGAAGACAAGGCUACAAACACAAGGAAUGAGAAGAGUUGUAAUGCCAUAUCGUGGUACACUGUCAGCUUUGAUGAGAAUUGGUCGGGAAGAGGGUAUCCGUGGCUUAUACAGUGGCCUUGUACCUGCAAUGGCUGGUAUCAGUCAUGUUGCCAUUCAGUUUCCAGCAUAUGAGAAGAUUAAAGGCUAUCUGGCUAGAAGAGAUAACAUAGAGGUGGAUCAACUUGGUGCACGUGAUGUUGCUGUUGCCUCUUCAGUUUCUAAAGUAUUUGCAUCUACUCUCACAUAUCCACAUGAGGUUGUUAGGGCGAGGCUUCAAGAACAGGGACACCACUCUGAAAAGAGGUACUCAGGAAUGGUGGAUUGCAUAAAGAAAGUGUUUGAGCGUGAGGGCAUCCCUGGUUUUUACCGUGGGUGUGCUACAAAUCUGCUGAGGACGACUCCGGCUGCUGUUAUUACAUUUACUACCUUUGAGAUGAUUCACCGACUUCUUCUUGAUUCCUUCCCCCCUCCUCCUCCCAUAUUGUCAAAAUGAAAUAUGAAAUACCCUCCUCUUACCUAUUUUUGAUUUUUGGAAACUACAAAUUAUUAUAGAUGUAGACAGGCUUUUCUUUCUUUAUUGCCACCCAGCCUCUACAAUCUACAUACCAUCAUUUUACUCAUAGUUUCUGAAUUUGAAAUGUAUUAAAUUAGAUUACUGAUUAUAUAGAUUUUUAAAGAAACAAAACGUGUAAUUACUUGUUUUCAUGCUUAUUUCCAAAUUCCAUCUGUCAUUGUAGUUCCUUCUUGGUGAGGAAGAAAAUUCUAAAACCACAAAAAAAGUUGUUUUUACUAAAACAUGAUGAGUAUAGGUUUAGGUGAUUGUUGUUGAACCCUUUCUGUAUGCAUGUUAGUUACAACACACAAAAAUCUAUUAAAGACGAAUUCAUAAUAAAUACACCGCUAAAAAGUUUCUUGUGGUUUGUCCAGCUGACAUCCAAACUAAAUAUACAGUAAGAAUGCACAAGAAAAAAAUCACAAAAAAUGAGAAUUGAAAUCAACCUGCUACCAAAAUUUUUGGGACAUGAAAUAAAGGGAAACAAGGAUGUACACAGACUUGAUGACAUGAAGAAUUGGUUGGGGAUUGAGUAGGAAAGAUUUUGGGAACUGAUGAUUUGAACUUAGGGGUUUAUAGGGAUGCAAUACG